UCCAUAUUUUAAAACUCCCCCGAAUUUCGAUCUCUCCGCCAAACUUUCUAUAAUCAAAAGCGUUUUUCAAAUUUGUUCACCACUUCAUUCUCGUGAACUCCUCAACCUCACCUGAUCUUCAAUUAUUUCAUUUCGAUCUCAUUUUUUCAAAAUCACAUCUAGUAUUUACUUUUCAAAUUACCCCAACUUGUAAACCCUAGCUCUAUGCUAUAAAUAAUGGCUACAUCUGCUUUCAAAUCAACUACCAAGAGAACGCCGAUCGGAGCUAAGUCAAGCUCCGACGACUCCUCCGUCAAGCCUCACCGCCGUUCCCGAAGCCUAAGCCGCUUCUCGCACCACUUGCCUGACUCUGACUUCCGUCAAGCUCCGGCGCCGAGGGGCAAAUUCGUCAACACAAUUAGAGGCUCAGGGUUUCCGGAGGUCAGUCUCGACGAUCUCGCCGUUGAUAUUUUUCUUCAGGACCUUGAGAAUGAUGAGCCGGAGGCUGAAACUCGCCGCGCGUCUCGCCGGAGCUCGGGGAUUGGGCAGGGGAGUGAUGGAGCUUCGGCGGCACAGAGACGAGGGAGGUCGGUGAGUAGGCAGGGUGGGAGAGGUAGUGAUGGAAAGAGCGGAGUUUAUAAUGGUCAUGAUUCUUAUGAAGCUAAUUUGAGGAGGAGGAGAUCGGUUUCGGUGGCUCGUGAUAGUCUGAGUGAUGUGAAUUCGAGAAGGAGGAGGUCUGUUUCCGUGGCGCAGAGUCGGAUUAGUGGUUCUGAGAUUGAUAUACCUCAGUCUCAGAGAUCUAGCAACUAUGCUAAUACAAAACAUAUCGGAAAUGGUAGACUUUCUGAUCCAAGGAAACAGACAACUGAUCGACAAUUGGUAAGGUCAUAUAGCCAAACAGAUCUGUUGAGGUCACAUGAUGGGUACUCGAGCCAUUCUUCUUCUUUGACUGACGAUGAAGUAAAGGAUGCCCGUUCUGGUAAAAAUGAGGUUGAAAAAACUAUUCGUGCAGUUUAUGCACAAAAAAAGGCAGAGCACCCUAUUGGUGAAGACGUGCACGGGGAAUUGUAUCAGGCAAUGAGGAAAGAGCUGAGACAUGCUGUUGAGGAAAUUAGGACAGAGCUUGAGGAGGUAAUGGUGAAAGGAAGCUCAACAUUGGGAGGUGCUGAUAGCUUGAAGUCAAGUGAAGCCGAUCUUCAGGCAGUUUCUGCAAUCACGAGAAGUUAUGCGUCAAAACUGGAACAGGCAAAGAAGCGAAAACAAGAUCUGCUUGCUGAGGUGUUGUUGGAAGAACAGAGAGGAAAGGAGCUUUCAAAGAUAGUAAAGGAAUUGCUUCCUCAGCCGAGGAACAAUAUUAUUGAACAAAAACCAUUGCGAACAAGGAAGAGAAGCAAUGACAAAAACAGGAUGUCUAAGCGGUUGAGUGAAGAAGCAGAGAAGUAUUUUGAGGAUUUCAUAUCAAAUGUUGAAGACACGGAUAUUUCUUCAAUUGAUGGAGAAAGAAGUGAUGCAAGUUCAAGUUUGGGUGGGAUGAGUAAGCAAAGAGAGUAUGCACCAUAUAAUAUGGAGAAAAUAGAAGGCAAUCAAGGUCGAGCAGGAUAUAAUUCUCCACCUGUUGCUAUGGAUGGUGUUAAUUUGCCAUGGUUGCAGUGGGAAACUUGUAAUGAUGGUUCUCUUCUUCCAACCAAGAGUAAGACUGAGCUUCCUGCGACUCCAAAGACUAAAUUAUGGGAUGCAACUCAGGACUCAGAUUGUCAUUCCAUCAGCAGACAGGAGAGUUGUAGCCCAGGACUUGUCAGCCAUUCAAUAGGCAGCAGAAAAGACGGGCAAAGCAAUUCCAAAGAAGUCGAGUCUCUGCAGCAAUCAAGGUUCGACAUGGAGGGAUAUCUUGAGCUUCAAAGAAAUGAAGAAGUAUUGUUUGAGAGAUGGAGACAACGUGACAGAAUAAGUUCAGGUUGUCUGUUGCUAUGUGGCAAUCACCUUAGGUUUUAAUUUUAGAAAAGAUCAUAAUUGUUUAUUAAAACAAUGAACUUUUGCACAAAUAUGUUAAGAGUAAAUUUGCAUAUCAGAGUUAUCUUGACAGCAGUGGUUGACCAUUUUUAGUAACAAACAGCAUGUUUAGAAAAGUAUCUGAAGUUAUUGCUGUAAAUGUUCUCCGUCUUGAAUUGACAUGAAGAACAAACAUACAAUCUACAAGGCGUCAUUUUAAUUA